UCGUUUCGGUGCUCUCGCUUCGCGUACGGGCGGGCGGUCCCCCCCAAGCAGCGAGAGGAGUCCGCAGCGUCAUAGUUGCAUUCCGGGGCCCACUCGCGUUGUUCACUCUCUCGUCUAGUAGAGAAACUUCCAUCGGAUCGUAUCAUAAUAUUGUAUCGUAUAAUAUCACGUAAUCAUGGGAAAGGAAAAGGUUCACAUUAGUUUGGUCGUCAUUGGACACGUCGAUGCCGGCAAAUCCACCACUACUGGUCAUUUGAUCUACAAGUGUGGAGGUAUCGAUAAGCGUACCAUUGAAAAGUUCGAAAAGGAAGCCGCCGAACUCGGCAAGGGAUCCUUCAAGUAUGCCUGGGUCCUCGAUAACCUCAAGGCCGAACGUGAACGUGGAAUUACCAUUGACAUUGCGCUCUGGAAGUUCGAGUCGCCCAAAUACUCCUUUACCGUCAUUGACGCGCCCGGACACCGUGAUUUCAUCAAGAACAUGAUCACCGGAACUUCGCAGGCCGAUGUGGCGGUCCUCGUCAUUGACUCGUCCCAGGGUGGAUUCGAAGCCGGAAUCUCCAAGGACGGACAGACCCGCGAACACGCGCUUCUCGCCUACACGCUGGGAGUCAAGCAGAUGAUUGUCGCCAUGAACAAGAUGGACGACAAGACCGUCAAGUACGCCGAAGACCGCUACACCGAAAUCAAGAACGAAGUCUCCGCCUACCUCAAGAAGGUUGGUUACAAGCCGAUGAAGAUCCCCUUUGUCCCCAUCUCCGGAUGGGAGGGCGACAACAUGGUGGAGAAGUCCACCAACAUGCCCUGGUACAAGGGACCUUACCUGCUCGAAGCCCUCGACAGUGUCACCCCGCCCAAACGUCCCACCGACAAGGCUCUUCGUCUCCCCCUUCAGGAUGUCUACAAGAUUGGUGGAAUCGGAACAGUCCCGGUCGGCCGUGUCGAGACCGGCGUUAUCAAGCCCGGUAUUCACGCCAUGUUUGCCCCCUCGGGUAUCAUUGCCGAAAUCAAGUCCGUCGAAAUGCACCACGAGUCCCUCCCCGAAGCAGUCCCCGGUGAUAAUGUUGGUUUCAACGUCAAAAACGUGGCCGUCAAGGAUCUGCGCCGUGGUUUCGUCGCUUCCGACUCCAAGGCUAGCCCCGCCUCGGGUGUUUCUUCCUUCGAGGCCCAGGUCAUUGUCAUGAACCACCCCGGUCAGAUCUCCAACGGAUACUCUCCCGUCUUGGAUUGCCACACCGCCCACGUUGCCUGCAAAUUCGCCCUCAUCAAGGAAAAGAUGGAUCGCCGCAGUGGAAAGGUUUUGGAACAGAACCCCAAGUUCGUCAAGACCGGAGACGCCUGCAUUGUCGAUCUCGAGCCUACCAAGCCAUUGUGCGUGGAGAGCUUUACCGAUUUCCCCCCGCUCGGUCGUUUCGCCGUUCGUGAUAUGCGUCAGACCGUUGCCGUCGGCGUCAUCAAGGCCACCACCAAGGAAGAAGGUGGUAAGAAGAAGAAAUGAAUGCGGGAGUGGACCGCGACGAUCCGUCCGGAAAACAAUACUAGGUGCUAUCACAGGGGCGCGUUUUGGAGAGACGUUCUGCGGAAACACGAAUUUAGAAUACGUAACUAACAUAUAAACUGGAUAGCCCUCGCAUCGGAA